AUGUCGGGCUUUGUCGGGGUGGUCGUCUCCGAUCCCUGGCUUCAGACCCAAUUCACGCAGGUCGAGCUCCGCAGCCUCAAAUCUAAAGUGAGCAUCCAAAAAGACGAUAUAUCCUACUCGUUUCGGUCUUAAUAUAUUACAGUGCCUUCCUCCCUUAGUCUUCUUAAUCUUUUGAUCUUGGAUGGGAUCAUCCUGUAGUUCCUCUCCGUGAAGAAAGAAUCUGGGCAUCUCGCGGUCGGGGAGUUACCUUCUGUCAUGGCGAAGAUCAAAGCUCUCAAUGAGAUGCUGACAGAAGACGAGAUCUCCACAAUGUUAGGAGAAUCUCAUCCAGACAAAAGCCAAGAUGUAGAUUUCGAGGCCUUCUUGCGGGUAUCUACCGUCCCCGAUGAACAUUAAUUUCGGAGCUUUUUUUGGGAAAAAUUGAAGUCUGGCGUCGGUUUGUGAAAUUGAAUCUCUGAAUUUUCAGGCAUACUUGAAUCUGCAAGCACAGGCCGCAGCCAGAUUGGGGGGUGCCAGAAACUCCUCGGCGUUCCUGAAAUCUACCACAACUACACUUCUGCACACCAUCAGCGAGUCUGAGAAGGCUUCUUAUGUGGCACAUAUCAACAGUUAUCUCGGGGAAGACCCAUUUCUGAAGAAGUAUCUACCAAUGGAUCCAGCUACAAAUGACUUGUUCAACAUUACAAAAGAUGGCGUCCUCCUGUGGUAACUCUUUCUCUCAUCAUUGUUCAUCUCGAUUUCUUGGAAUCAGAAUAAGAAGAUGUUCCCUUCAAUCCAACCAUACUUAAAUAGAACAAGUAUGGAGGGGAAAAAAAAAAAGUUCUCUGUGUAUUGGAAUUUUCCUUCAGUAUAUCAUCUACUCAAUUGUUCCUAAGUUUUCAGUGUGAGGUAGCUUGAUUACCAGGCCGGCUGCUUUCUUGAUGCAGUAAACUGAUUAAUGUUGCGGUUCCGGGGACAAUAGAUGAGAGAGCAAUUAAUACGAAGCGGAUAUUAAAUCCAUGGGAGAGAAAUGAGAAUCACACCCUCUGCCUCAACUCUGCAAAAGCUAUUGGUUGCACAGUGGUCAACAUUGGAACACAAGAUUUGGUUGAAGGGAGGGUAAGAUCCUCUGUGGAGCUUUUUCCUCUGCGUCGUUGGUGCUUCUUGUGUUAUAAUAGUUGAUCUUCUAAUGUGUUCUUAUUCUGUUGCUGCCAUUUUUUUUUUCUUUGUUCCAUGUUUUAACUUUAGCCAAGGACGUUGUAGUCUGAUGUUUGGGUCUCCUGUUGUCAUAGAGCUUAAUGUGUCCACGUAGGUAAAUGCAUAAACCUUUUUCUUGAAGGAAAAAAAAAUUACUUUUAAUGGAACUAACGGCUUUAAAAAUACAUUCUAGUUAAUUUUCUCCGUUUUUGUUAAUCUUUAUUCCAGUAUAUGUGGCCAGAAGAGUAUUGACUAUUCGUUGACCUCCGUUUGCAGCCUCACUUGGUGCUUGGGUUAAUAUCUCAAAUUAUUAAGGUGAGUCAUGGAAUUCCAUCUUAUUAAUUUUUGGGUCCUCUAGGACCAGACCUUAAUAUAUUGAUAACGUAGUAUGUUUCUCGCUUCUUUUAUUGCGCAUUCUACAUUUUCAAAACCGGCUGAUGAAUUUCCAGGACUUUGACUUCUUACUGUUGAUGCUGCAAUCAGAUACAAUUGUUAGCGGAUCUCAACCUAAAGAAGAUGCCACAACUGGUCGAAUUGGUGGAUGAUAGCAAGGUCAAAACACUGACUGAUUAGAAGGUUUCUGCUUCGAUCUUUGGGUUCUGAGGGAUUUCCCAUAUGCUUCCAUUUUACACUGUGCAGGAUGUGGAGGAGCUCAUGAGUUUGGCACCAGAAAGAAUGUUACUUAAGUGGAUGAAUUUCCAUCUCAAGAAAGCAGGCUACAAGAAAUCUAUAAACAACUUUUCCUCUGAUGUGAAGGUAAUAACUAACAAUUGACGACAGCUUUACCCAUCAAGAUCAAGAUAGGCAGAAUGCUCUAUCCGCAUGUCUGUGGCAUUCAUCUAGAACUCCACGGGUCUUUUGGACUCAAAUGUCACUUAUCUGGAAGGCCUUUUCGCCAGUUCUUGUAGUUUCUGUAUCCGCGCCACAGUGAUAACUGUGUUACCUGCAUGAGUUAGUCGAAUCUGUUGAGUUAGUGAUGCUCAUAUGCUCAUCACAGCUGGGAUAGAAGAAGGAUAGCAGGCUAAACUGUUGUGUUUUUCUAGUAUAAUGUCUCAACAUUGCCGAACAAGAAGAUGAAAAAAAGAUGUGAAAUCUCAUGCGUCAUGCAACCGCAAUACUCAAACGAAACUCAAGUUCCUCGUUAUUAAUUUUCGUUCAGAUUUUCAUGAUUUUGAAUCCUCAUCUCUCGUUAUUAUGGUUGGAUGAUUUGGUAGCGCCCUGUUCAAAGAUGGGGGCGCCCUGUGAAAUCUUAUUCUUUUCAUAAGCAAAUUUAGCUAUUGCUCCGGUGUACCCCUGUGGUUAUUCCAUUUCACAAGCAUCGAAAAUCGGAGGGGAUAAUCUGGUGAACUUAUAUUUACAUAGAAGAAUGAUGUUCCUUGCAACUUUCUUUAAAUUUUUGCUUAAUCUUUGGAUUAUUUUUCCUGUGUAUUACUGUUGUAGUUGACUCCAAAAGGGCUGGUACUUGCAGGAUGGAGAGGCUUAUGCGUAUCUUCUUAAUGUUCUCGCUCCUGAGCACUGCAGCCCGGCCACGUUAGAGGCCAAAGAUCCCACAGAAAGGGCGAAGCUUGUUCUUGAACAUGCAGAGAAGAUUGACUGUAAAAGAUACCUAACUCCGAAGGACAUUAACGAGGGAUCCCCAAAUCUUAAUCUUGCAUUCGUUGCGCACAUAUUCCACCAUAGGUAGCUACAGCUUCGUCUUCUACUGUGUUCUAUAUUUUAUUUGAAAUUACCGAUGUAUUAAAUUCUCGGCUACACAUAGCGUUGGAUUAUUUACUCUGCAGUCUAAUUUCGCUCGAAUUGAAUGACACCUUGUAAGCCGUGCUUCAUGCUGCUGAGAGUGUUCCUUCUUUUUUUUGUUACUCAGCAUGCUAAAUGUGUUAUCGAGAGGUUGAUCAUAUAUAUUCAUCACUUGAUAUGCAAAGACUAUACACAAUAAAUUUAUUGAGAUUUCUCUUAACAAGGGAUAGUAUCUUUAUGUGUAAAAUAACUUGCUCUGUAUGAGUGAAGUCAUAUAGUGACUGCUGUCCAUGGAUCCUGGCACAGCCAAUGAUCAAGAUAAAGUCGUGUUAGCCAAUUUAGUGCCAAGGAAAAUAACUAUAUAUCUAAAUUUUCGAUCUAAUCGAUCUACCAGACCACGAUUGUGACGAAAUUUCUCAUAAAAACUGAUGUGAAGUUUUUUGAAGUAUGGACUGCUGGAUGUUUAGGAUGGAAUCGCAUCCCAUUAGAGUUUUCCUUCAAAUUUUAAUGAACCCACCAGAAAAAUUUAUCGCGACAUUUAUUCUCUUGUAAAAUGGAUACUCCCACUUUGGUCCAAUGGAAUCGAUUGUUGAUUAAUAUCAACAAACAUCAUAGAAGCUUUGUCUCCCUCACCUGAAAUUUUCUCAUAAUCUUCACACGUUAGGGAUUUUCCUGAGAAAUUUACGUCUGGUUAACUUGGUUUAUUGGUUCGGAAUACCUUGGUCUUCACGCUUACUAGUUAUUGGUUUUUGAAGCGAGUAUUUUUCUUGUAUUCUCUCAACAAUGGCAAUGAACUGUCGUCAACACUUGGCCAGUUACUUGGUCAGAUACUAAUCAGUAGUUAAUUUUUCUAGGAAUGGUCUAUCAACGGAAUGCAAGAAGAUCUCCCUUACAGAGAUGAUGCCUGAUGAAAUUCAGGUAUCUAGAGAGGAGAGAGCUUUCCGGCUGUGGAUCAAUAGUCUUGGAAUUGAUACAUAUGUUAACAAUUUGUUUGACGAUGUCAGGAAUGGGUAAGUGUGCUUAAUCCUUUAUUGCUUGGAAGCCUCUGCGGGCUCUACUGAACGGCAUCUUUUGUCUUCAGAUGGGUACUUCUGGAGGUGUUGGACAAAAUUUCUCCUGGCUCAGUUCAUUGGAAGCAGGCCUCAAAGCCUCCAAUUAAGAUGCCGUUUAGGAAGGUCGAAAACUGCAACCAAGUCGUGCGAAUUGGAAAAGAUUUGAAAUUUUCUCUCGUCAAUGUUGCUGGGAAUGAUAUUGUGCAGGGGAACAAAAAGCUUAUACUGGGUAGGCAUUCCUCCGGUUCUCGUGGUUCAUUCAUCUUUCAGCUUCAGUUUUCAUAAUUUCUUAUGAUGACUUUAGCUGAUAAAUCUCUUUAUGAAUUGCCGAAUACCUUAGAUUUUUAGAUUUUUAUAAACAUGUGUUUAUGGUUUAUAGAGGCAGAUUUUUGGCAGAGUUGUUUAAAAAUUCUCCCGAGCUCUGUGCCAAUUAAUAUCAACUGGGCUCUCUUUCAGCUUAUCUCUGGCAAUUGAUGAGGUUCAAUAUACUUCAACUGCUUAAGAACUUGAGAUAUCACUCUCAAGGCAAGGAGAUGACCGAUGUUGAUAUUUUAAACUGGGCAAAUAAUAAAGUAAAGGAUUCUGGAAGAGCCUCCCAAAUGGAAAGCUUCAAGGUAAAAAGAAAAAUGCAAUCCUUUCCUUGAGUAGGAUCUUCGGAUGAAAGUUCCGAAGUUGGUUGUUUUCUUAGAAAACAUAUUUUGUUUCCUAAAUUUUCACUCUUCAGGAUAAGAGCCUGUCAAACGGGAUUUUCUUCCUAGAGCUGCUCAGUUCUGUGGAACAGAGAGUGGUCAACUGGAAAGUCGUCACAAAGGGUGAAACUGGUAUAUUUUCUCACACUCGUUAUAAAUUGUUUUUUCUUUUCCAAUUUCUCUCAUCCCGGGAGUCACUGUCUAUCAUCUUCACUUCGGAUUCUCAUUGAAAAGGGUAAAAGAAAGAGCUAUUAUUGGGACUUGAGUUUUAUUAAAAAUGGCGGAACUUUGUUACUUCUCCUGAUACCUUCGUUCCAUACUGACUGCCUCUUUGUUUGCAUGAUGCCGAUGCAGAGGAGGAAAAGAGGUUGAAUGCUACGUAUAUCAUCAGUGUGGCGCGGAAGCUUGGUUGUUCUGUUUUCUUGUUGCCUGAAGAUAUCAUGGAGGUAAUAGCCUGCAGCCUGCUCCAGAUGAUGAAUAAUUAUUGAUUUAACCAUCCACUUCAGUCUCCUAUGCAGUUCCUUUUAGGAAAUCCUCUCAUGUCGUUCAUUUUAUUAGCUUUUAUGGGUAGAGAUCUCAAUAGGCCCAAUCGGACCAGAUAAACACCUGAUCAAUCUUUUCUUUCUUUUUUUUCGAAUUUGGUCGUGCAAUGAAACCCUCUUUCUUGAAAACAGAACAGCCUAUGGUUUGCAUGGAUAGGCCUAGUCCAGUCAUCCGCAGUGGGGUUUCAUUAGGAUGGAUGGUCCGAUAUCUUCAGCAUGGUAGUAGAACAGAUAAUCUUGGACUGAACAAUUCCCUUUUAUGUUGGCUGCAUGCCCAUGAAUGGGAAUGUCAAGAAUAAUCUUAUAAUAGUUAUUAUAGAAAUAAAUCUACGCCCAUAAAGAUGAGCCCACUCCAACCGUAGCCAAUCGGCAUUGCAUUCAUGGCAAUCUCCCUCUUUAGUAAGUUCUUUUUUAGCUUGAUCUCGAGGUUGCUGGUCUUUCUGGUAUCAAAUUCCAACAAUACUUCUUGACUGGUUUCUUGCCAUGGCAGGUAAACCAGAAGAUGAUUCUCACCCUCACAGCCAGCAUCAUGUACUGGAGCCUGCAGCAGCAGCCUUCCAAGGAGUCUGAGCCCACCACUGAGCAGGCAGCCACAGAGAAACCCGCUUCAAAUCGAGACGGGGGGCUCUGA